AUGGUCGUAUGGGCAAGAGUUGUGUUCAGUUUACAUGUGGUUAUGCAGCUAACCUAUAUGGUGACCUCCCAAGGAAUUGUCUAUGAUCUCCUGGCAUCACCAGAUUGUUUGCCUGAUCUCCUGCAAGGAGGACUGAAGAAUAAGAACGUGAAUGACGUUUAUAUUCUGACGAGCGUUCAGAUCCAGAAUAAAGCUCCAGUGCGUGUUUUCCGCAUCUACAACCCUAAAGACAACACAGAUUAUUUAGAUUUCACUGUACAUGGGAAGCUCAACAAAGUCUCUUUGAGGUAUCUGAAAAGCAAUGGAAAGACAGGCACAAGCACCUUCAGUAAUGUGCCGUUGGCUGACGGCCAGCCACACAAUGUCUUGCUGCACUUCAGUGGACUGACCCAUGGCACACCUCGCAUGGCUCUGUAUGUGGACUGUAGGCUUGUGGAGAUAGUGGAGGAACUUCCAGCUGCCUUUAAAACACUUCCUUCUGGCCCUAAUCAAGUCGCACUAAAAACCAUGCCCACUACAUCAGAGGAUAGUGUGUCAGACCUCAAGCUAGUUUUAGGUGAAUCGAUAGAGAAUGUUGUGGAGCUCCAAGACUGUUCUCUUCAGCAGGGUGAAUCCCUGCAAUUAAUGGGCAUCUCAUCAAAACUGGAGCCAGGCCCCAUGUUUGAACUUGUACAGAUGAUCCAUGAACUGAAAGAGAAAAUGGAGAAGCAGAUCCAGGAGACUGCAAAUUUAAGGAGAAUAAUUAUGGAGUGUGUUCCAUGUGAUGGGCAAGACAAGAGGACAGACACUCAAACCAAGUGUGCUCCAGGAGUGUGCUUCCAGCAGAGCAUGUGUACUGAGACAGAGCAAGGUGUCCAGUGCGCACCGUGCCCUGAAGGCUAUGAAGGAAAUGGAUUCUACUGUGAGGAUGUGGAUGAGUGUCAGUUCAACCCAUGUUUCCCUGGUGUGCGAUGCAUUAACACAGCCCCAGGGUUCCGGUGUGAGAGAUGCCCCAGAGGGUAUAGUGGGCCGGAGCUGCAGGGUGUAGGCAUCGCCUCAGCUCAGUUACGUAAGCAGGUCUGUGCCGACAUAGAUGAAUGUCUAAGUGUGGACAACGGAGGCUGCACUCCUAAUUCCUAUUGCCACAACACAAAGGGUUCAUUCUACUGUGGAGAGUGUAAACCUGGUUUCACUGGAGAUCAAACAAGCGGCUGCAAACAGAUAUCUGAUCCCGGACCUGGUCUUGAUCCUGCUGGGCUCUCUAAUAGGCUGUGUGGAAACGGUCAGCGCAACCCAUGCGACCUCAAUGCUGAGUGUAUCGUGGAGCGAGAUGGAAGCCUCAGCUGUUCGUGCAACAUUGGCUGGGCCGGUAACGGCUACGUGUGUGGGAAGGACACGGACAUUGAUGCUUACCCUGACAGAAAGCUUCCGUGCCAGGAUACUUUCUGCAAAAAGGACAACUGCAUGUUUGUACCUAAUUCAGGCCAGGAAGAUGCAGACGGAGAUGGAAAAGGUGAUGCCUGUGAUGACGAUGCAGACAGCGAUGGUAUCCGCAAUGAGAAGGACAAUUGCUGGUUGAUACCAAACAUAGACCAGAAGAACAGUGACGAAGAUAUUCAUGGUGACGCGUGUGACAACUGCCUACACUUAAACAACCCAGACCAACGAGACACAGAUCAGGAUGGACUGGGAGAUGAAUGUGAUGAUGACAUGGAUGACGAUGGAGUGAAAAAUAUUUUGGAUAACUGCCCCAAAGUUCCCAACCGUGACCAGGUUGAUACUGAUAAUGAUGGUGUUGGAAAUGCUUGUGACAGCUGCCCUGAUGUGCCAAACCCUAGCCAGUCAGAUGUCGAUGAUGACCUUGUAGGAGACACUUGUGAUACCAACACUGACAGUGAUGGGGAUGGACACCAGAACACCAAAGAUAAUUGCCCUACAGUGAUCAACAGCUCUCAGUUAGACACAGACAAAGACGGGCUUGGUGAUGAAUGUGAUGAUGAUGAUGAUAACGACGGAAUCCCAGAUAACAAAGACAACUGCAGACUGGUGCCCAAUCCGGACCAAGCAGAUAAAGACAACGACAAUGUAGGAGAUGCUUGUGCUGGAGACUUUGACCAGGACCGGGUGAUUGACAAGAUCGACACUUGUCCUGAAAAUGCAGAGAUCACGCUAACGGACUUUAGAGCAUAUCAGACUGUGGUGCUGGACCCAGAGGGCGAGGCUCAGAUUGACCCCAACUGGGUCGUCCUCAAUCAGGGCAUGGAGAUCGUUCAGACGAUGAACAGCGAUCCAGGGCUUGCAGUGGGUUAUACAGCUUUCAAUGGUGUAGAUUUCGAGGGAACCUUCCAUGUGAACACAGUGACUGAUGACGACUAUGCUGGAUUCAUCUUCGGCUACCAGGACUCUUCCAGUUUCUACGUGGUUAUGUGGAAGCAGACAGAGCAGACAUACUGGCAGGCUGUGCCUUUCAGGGCCGUGGCUGAACCUGGCAUCCAGCUCAAGGCUGUGAAAUCCGUGACGGGGCCUGGUGAGUUUCUGAGGAAUUCUUUAUGGCACACGGGGAACACAAAGGAUCAAGUGCAGCUGCUGUGGAAAGAUCCUCGCAAUGUGGGCUGGAAGGACAAGGUCUCAUACCGCUGGAACCUGCAGCAUCGGCCUCAAGUCGGAUACAUCAGGGUCCGUUUUUAUGAAGGCACCAUCCUGGUGGCAGACUCCGGCAUGGUCAUCGACACGAGCAUGAGGGGAGGCCGUCUCGGUGUGUUCUGCUUCUCCCAGGAAAACAUCAUCUGGUCCAAUUUGAAAUAUCGCUGCAAUGACACAAUACCUGAAGACUACCAGAAGAAUGUUGCACAGGAUUCACAGGAUAACAAUACACAGUAACAUAAAGGAACACAGUGCCUAGAAAUGCCUCACAUAUUCAAUCAUUUGAAGGAGAAAGAAGGGAAUGGUAAUAUUUAAAGAAAAAAAAAACCAUAUUAUUGUCCCUUAACAUGAGGUAGGAUUAAAAUGGACCACUAUCAUAUCCCAACUCCACUUGCUUUGUUUGGGUAAAAGUCUGCUUUUAUGUAGGUCACAAAAUAGUCAGAUUCUGAAGGUAGAAUGCAGAAGUGCAGAAAUGCUUCUUUAGGCUUUACUUUAUGUAUUCAGUGUUGUAGAAAAACAGUCAGCAAACCCGAUAGUAACUAAUGACUAACUUUAAGGCCUGACUUGGCUUCUCCUAUUUAGUCUUGUUCACAAAAUCCCUAUUAGUUUCACUGUGAAUCAUAAGAAUACUACAUCAUUCCUAAUGCUUACCGAAUAACAUGCUUUAAGAUGAAUAAUUAAAUAAUAAGCCAGAGGUUGAAGAUUAUAGCUACUGUUAAGCUGCAAAUAGCUACGCUUACUAGGAGAAAGG